CUUCCGCUUCGGGAACAGGAAGCGACCGGGAGACGUAAAUAAAGAUCCCGCAGAGACGCAGCGCGUUUUACAUUUUACUUUGCUUCAAAGAGGGAAGAUAAAGCACAGAGGAGGACAUCACAGCUCCAUUAAUGAGGUUUAAAAGGUGACAUUGUGGUUUGAACACAGAACUUGCACCAUGGGGAGGAGAUACUACUGUGACUACUGCGACAGGUCCUUUCAGGACAACAUGCAUAACAGGAAGAAACAUCUGAAUGGAGUCCAGCAUCACAGAGCUAAAAAGGCCUGGUAUGAUCAUUUCAGAGACUUAGCAGCCAUUCUGCAGGAUGAGCAAGCAAAGAAACCGUGCAGGAAGUUUCUCCAAAAAGGAAUUUGUGAUUUUGGGCCAAACUGCAGGUUUUCUCACAUGUCUGAAGAGGAUCUGUUUAACCUAAAAACACAAGUGGAAGAUGAGAGACAGCACAGAGAGGAUUCUCUGGACAGAAGGAAGUCGGGGCGAAGUGUAGAAGAUUGGCUUUCUAGGAGGGAAAAGAGGCGAACUGCCCUCGGUAGCAAAGGAAAUCUAAAGCACGAGGAAGACAUUGAAGAGGACCAAACAGAAAGUGACAUACCUCAACAGCUUCUCUCUAUUCCUGACCUUCCACCAUCACUUAUUCCUCCCCCUCGGGGCGGAUGGAAAGUCCAAGUAAACACUGAAUGGGGUUGAUGAUUCAACAUUUGUUUUUGCAUAAAACCAUUUUUUUAAACAAAAUCUGAGACUAGCAAUUCCUAUAGAGCUAUAUUUAAAACAAGGCUCCUCUCAGGGGUAAGGCUUGAUGUCCUGAGAGGAAUGCAGGAUCACUAAGCAGAUGGAAAUUUAUUUUUUGUUAUAUUUUAACUAUACUUAAUCCUGUGUUGAGUCACUGGGGGAAUAACUGAUUUCAUGACCUAAUUUUUUAUACCAGCAACUGGAAAUGAUAAGAUUUACCCCCAUAAAGUUUCUGUUAAUAUGUUUUAGCGACAGGCCUCCUGCAGAUAUCUUGGAUUUAUGUUUUUAUAAAUGACAUGGUCUUUCAAAAACAUCAGUUUAUGUAUUCCUCUUAUCUGAGGUUGUGCUUAGAUGUAAACACUGUCUCUACAUUCAUUACACAAUACAGUGUUGACACCAGAAUCCUCAUUAAAAUGUGUUUUUGUGUGUAAA